UCUCUGUCAAUCCUCUCUCUCUCUACUCUGCGCAUCGUAAAAUGACAGAACAACAAGCCUAACCCAUCAGCUUGGAUAUAUCUCCUCCUCCUACCAUUUCUUCCCCCAUCUCCCCCUCUCUCUCUCUAAGAUUUUCUCUCUUUCUCUCUCUAAAAUCCCUCUCUGCAACCUGCAAUCUGCCAUGCGUUUCCCCUCUCAGAUCUACGCACCUCCACCCCAAUCUGAUCUCUUCCAACUUUCCUAUCCGUUUCAAUCCGACCCAGAAUCCACAAGCGAAACGAUGUCCUCUGUGCGCUCAGAUCUGACCUUCUCCUCUAGAGUUUACCCGGAACCCUACUCCUCCGUCGACGACGACCACUUCGAUCGCCUCCCGGACUCCCUCCUCCUCCUCGUCUUCAACAAGAUCGGCGACGUCAAGGCCCUCGGCCGCUGCUGCGUCGUUUCCCGCCGCUUCCACUCCCUUGUCCCCCAGGUCGAUAACGUCGUCGUCCGCGUCGACUGCGUCAUCUCCGACGACGACUCCUCCCCCUCCUCCGCCUCCUCGUCUUCCUCCUCCGACAAGUCCCGGGCCCCCUUCUCUGCCCUCUUCCGCCUCGUCCUCGGCGGCAUUGUCAAGCCUCUGCAGGCGCUCGGGCAGUUCCUGGGACCCAACCGGCGAUCCCCGAAUGGGUCCCACUCCGCUCUCUCCGUCGAUGACCCAGAUUCCUCCGCCGCCGACAGCAACAGCCUCGACCAGUCCGGCGUCACCCACCACUCCCCGACCCAAGUCUUGAAGAAUUUCAACGAGAUUCGAUUCCUCCGGAUCGAGCUUCCCAGCGGUGAGCUCGGCAUCGACGACGGCGUUUUGCUCAAGUGGAGGGCCGAUUUCGGCUCCACCUUAGACAACUGCGUCAUCCUCGGCGCAUCCUCAGUCAUCCACCCGGGACCCACCAAAGCAUCGCUCCUUCCGGACACUGGGUCCGAUGGGUUGUGCGCCACCAACAACGCCGCCGUGACGGAAGACAACGGAAGCAUACCCGACUCGUUUUACACCAACGGCGGCCUGAAGCUGAGGGUUGUGUGGACGAUCAGCUCGUUGAUCGCCGCCUCAGCCAGGCACUACCUGCUUCAGCCAAUCAUUUCCGAGCACAAAACGCUAGACAGCUUGGUUCUGACCGAUGCCGAUGGUCAGGGGGUGUUGCACAUGAACAGGGACCAGCUCGAGGAGUUGCGGGUGAAGCCAUUGUCGGCCUCUUCGGCGUCGAAGCGGACGCUCGUGCCGGCACUGAACAUGCGGCUCUGGUAUGCUCCCCAGCUGGAAUUGCCUGAUGGGGUCGUGCUAAAGGGUGCGACUUUGGUAGCUAUAAGGCCCAGCGAGCAAUCUCUGACCGCCAAGAAGGAGGUUUCCUCUGAUCUGUCCUGGAUUUCGACCGCCUUCGAAGAGCCGUACGGGACGGCGGCCAAGAUGCUGGUCAAGAGGCGCACAUACUGUCUUGAGAUGAACUCCUUCUGAUUCUAUUUCAGGUGUCUCAGGGGAAACAGUGUCCUUCGAGGGAAAAUGGGGAGCUGCAUAAUUGAAAGUGGAGAAGGGGAGAACAAUUUUGCCUCAUCGGAAGACUAAGUUAACUGCGGUGCCUCUCAGUUGAAAUGAAUCUUGAUUGGAACGACGCAGAAAGAGGAGAUACACCGACGGAACAUGCACUGCAGAUCCCCCACUCUCGUAUGCUUGAGCUGAGAGUUGAAAAUGCUGCUGCAUCUGCUGGAUGUUUCUGUUUCGGGCAUUACGCUUGUAAGAGUGAGUGCUCGCAUGCAACUAAGAUUGAUGUUAUAGAGAUUUUGGGUUUGCAGUGAUCUAGUUUUACCUUUCUUUCUUCCAAAUGUAUGUGAAUAUUGUAGGUAUCAUGAAACUGUUCUCUGGUUAUGUGAUGUAUGUCAAAAGUUCAUUUCAAA